AUGAUCAAACAACUGCCCGCUUUGGCUCUUCUCUGUGCAUUGUGUAAGUACAACUUUCGUCUUUUGAGGGGUUAGUACUCCGACAAUUAUCACAUUGAAUAUGAUACUAAUAAAGACAUUUUUAAUAUCACUUGAAGAAUUUGUCGCACACUUUGAUUUUUUUUUCUUGUGUUAUGUUGGAGUAAUGUUUUUUUUUUUUUUUUUUUUUUCUGUUUUCUUCAGCUCAGACUGCCGUACCUCACCAGAUCUCUAUGACUGUGGUUCAACCUGGUGGUGAUUUUUCUCUGUCAUGUUCUGUCAAUGUUUAUAAAGCUGGGCUGUUCUAUUGGUACAAACUGAAGUUUGGAUACACAGUCCAAAAAGUUGCUGGAGGAAGUUUUCAAACCCUAAAACUUGAAGAAGAAUUUGAAAACUCUCGAGUUGAAGUCUCACAGAGGGAUACUGUGUAUUUCCUCAACAUCAGAAAUGUAAGUAAAGAAGACGAAGCAACAUACUUCUGCCAGGCUGGAACAGCUUAUGAAUUGAUCAUCCUUAAUGGAAGUCUGUUAGCUGUGAAUGGUAAUGUAUGCUCAUUUUAUAAUUUUUAUUUGUUUUUGGCAUUGAUAUUCAUAAAACCACGGACCAACUCCUACUUUAUUGUAAAUCCCAUAGAUCAUAAGAAUCAUCAGAGAUCAGUCUACGUGAAACAAAGACCAGAGACUCAGUCUGUCGAGGUGGGAGACUCAGUGAGUCUUCAGUGUUCACUUCUCUUCAAGUACAAAGAAACCAGAGUGCAGUGUCCAGGUGAACACGAUGUGUACUGGUUCAGAGCUGGAUCAGGAGAAUCUCCUCCAGGGCUUAUUUACACUCACAAAAACAGGAGCUUUAAAGAAGAGGAGAGGGGUUGUGUCUACAGUCUGUCUAAAACCAUCCAGAACUCCUCUGAUGCUGGGACGUACUACUGCGCCGUGGUCACAUGUGGAGAAAUCCUGUUUGGAGAAGGAACAACUGUGGAGACAAGUAAGCCUUUAUGAUUAUAUUUUGAUGUGUUUUUACAAAACUAACUCUUAAAUGAAUUAUUCAAUCUGACUGUGCAGGAUAAAAAUCAAAACCCAUAUGGUUGGCUGAGAGAAUAUACCAUUUGUUAAAUGGGAUAUUAAAAGUUAGAGGUGCCAGCAGAGGCAACAGUUCUUGUUAUAGGAUGGAUUAAUAGCACUGAAAGAUUUGAUGCAUGUCAUCUGUCACCCUCGUACAUGACCUGUCUCUUCCUUUAGCUGAACAACAUUAAUCAAAGCUAGAAGAUCCAACUUGUUCCAGUUAAAAAGAGAGAGACUACAGUAAACUACUGUAAAAUCUGGAAUAUACGUUCCUUCGGCUGCUUUUAUAGCAGUAAAUUUAACAAGUAUCACAGCAAACUUCUAAUUAUGAAAAGACGAAGGGCAAAGCAACAAUUUAAUUUCUUUUCACGUGUUUUUCAGGACAAGAAUGGAACCCGGUUGUCAUCACCCUGGGAACACUGUUGGCCCUCUGUGUGAUUGUCAUUGCCGUUCUUAUCUUCUCAAGAGACUGA